AUGCGUCUCCUCAUCGUCGCACUUCUUGGCCUGGCCACCACCGUCAAUUCUCUCUACUUCCAUAUUGCUGAAACUGAGAAGAAGUGCUUCAUCGAGGAAAUUCCAGACGAGACGAUGGUCACCGGAAACUACAAAGUCCAACUGUAUGAUCCAAAUACGAAGGGAUACGGUGACUAUCCGAAUAUUGGAAUGCAUGUGGAGGUCAAGGAUCCAGAGGAUAAGGUGAUUCUGUCGAAACUGUACACUGCCGAAGGACGCUUCACAUUCACAUCGAACACCCCGGGAGAGCACAUCAUUUGUAUCUAUUCGAACAGCACCGCGUGGUUCAAUGGAGCACAAUUACGUGUGCAUUUGGAUAUUCAGGCUGGAGACCAUGCACAGGACUAUGCACAGAUUGCCCAAAAAGACAAGCUCAACGAGCUGCAGCUGCGUAUCCGUCAACUCCUCGACCAAGUGGAUCAAAUCACAAAAGAGCAGAAUUAUCAAAGAUAUCGUGAGGAGCGAUUCCGUCAAACGUCGGAAUCCACCAACUCUCGUGUCUUCUACUGGUCCAUUGCUCAGGUGGUCGUCUUGGCUCUGACUGGUGCCUGGCAAAUGCGUCAUCUUCGCGGAUUUUUCGAAGCCAAAAAACUCGUCUAA